AUGGAUCAGAAUCGUGAAGAUAACUUCCAAGAAAUAUCCCGAUCGUUUUUGGAGAAAGUUCACUUCGAGGACAUGUCCAAUCUAGACGAAAUCAACUGGAACCACAAACACGUUAUGAGGUACGACUAUCAUAAAUUGGGAGCGUCAGUAGAUCUUGGUUGUUCGCAAGCCGCAAAGCUUUUCGAAGUGGCGUCGAGACACAGUUAUUUCAAUGCAUCGUACUAUUGGCUACUGUUUGCAAAUAAUUCGCUCCAGGAGGCCGCUUGUUCACUAAGCGAGCAGAAUUUGAACAUAGACGCGAAGGUAACGCUGGUGGUUGAUCGGAACGUUGACCCGAUCUACGAUGUGUAUGACGUUUUUAGUCCGUCUAUAAGUAAAGGUGCCGCACUGAACACUACCCUCAUGGGUACAUGGAACCGCGAGGGAACCUCAUCUGUAAUAUUGCUCAACUCCACCCGAAUCGCUCUGAUCAGUACACUUGUAUUCUCGAUCCUUGUUUCUCAGUUUUAUUCGUCUUAUAUAGUCGGCUACCUUUUGAUUGUUCCUCCGAAGACAAUGAAAACCCUAAAUGAUCUUCUCGAUAGCAAUCUUAAAGUUAUAGUCGAAAACCAGGGAUACAACGUGUAUUAUCUAAAUACAACGAAGGACCCCGUUGCCAUCGAACUUUACCGGAAAAAGAUCCUGAACGGCGAAGACAACUUCAUGAAUGUCACCGAAGGUAUUGCACGGGUUCAGCGCGGUGGGUAUGCCUUCCAGUGUGACACGGCCUACGCGUAUCCCAUAAUGAAGCAGAAAUUCACCGAUAAGGAAAUUUGCGAUCUCCAAGAAAUUCUGCUCAAUCCGCUGCGACCGGUUCACAUCCCGCUGCAGAAGGGAAGUCCGUUCAAGGAAAUGUUUCGCGUAACGUUGAGAAAGGUCGUAGAAACGGCCAAUGUUGGUUACCAGCAGAAGAACUUCUUCUCGGAUAAGCCCAAGUGCGAUAGGAACGACUUGGAAACGGUAGCUGUGGACUUGGAUCAUCUAUUGAUGUUGUUUUAUAUCUUGAUUGGAGGCAUGGUGGUUAGUUUUGCGUUCUUGAUAUUGGAGUUGGGUUACUUUUUUGGGCUAAGGGGAUACAGGCAGAACCAGGUAUCUAAUGAGGGUAGCAUUGUGGAUUUUUUAAAACGUGAAUAA